AUGAGACUCGCACACCUCCACCUCCCGCACACAACGCCCUUCAGCCGCGUCUCGCACCUCCAACAAGCCCUUACAACCCGCCUCCUCACACACAAAAAGCUCACAUCCCCAGGCUCAAUAUCAUCACAAGAGCCGGGCAACUCAAGCGCCACACUAGCCAACACCCCACCCCCGCCCCCAGACCCAACAAUCAUUACCUUCAGCCCAAACCCCGUCUACACCACCGGCCGUCGCGACCUCCCACCUUCAAACACAAGCCCGCCCUCCACGACAAACCCCGCCCUCUUCUCCCUGCCCCCAGCCCUCGAACCAAUACGCUCCCUCUUCACCCCGGAUGGAAACCAACCCGCAAAGGCAGAGUACCACCCAACUCUCCGCGGCGGACAGACAACCUACCAUGGCCCCGGCCAGAUGGUCGCUUACACGAUUCUGGAUCUCAAGAGACUGGGUCUAACGCCCCGGUGUCAUAUCCGCCUUUUGGAAAACAGCGUCAUUGAUCUACUGAAGAGCUACGGGGUGGAGGGGUUUACAACGGAAGAUCCGGGGGUAUGGGUGAAGCCCAUUGCAGGAUCAGGAUCAGGAUCCUUGCAACCGAGGAAGAUCACAGCUGUAGGCGUGCAUCUGCGACGCAAUAUCAGCAGUUUUGGAAUCGGGCUUAAUGUUACAGACGAGCCGAUGUGGUUCUUUAAGCAGAUUGUCGCUUGUGGACUGGAGGGCAAAGAGGUGACUAGUCUGCAAGGUGUGGGUGUUCCAGGAUUGGAGGUUGGGGAUGUUGCUGCUGCGUUUGUGGACAAGUUUGUUAGUCGGGUUAAUGCUGAUUUUGCAUGUGGGGAGAAUGCGCAUGGGGAAAAGAUUGAGGAGGUUUAUCGGGUUCGGGAGGAGGAUUUGUUGAAUGAUGUCUAG